AUGUCAUGUAUCUUUGAGCAGCUUAACCGCCAUGAAAAUCCCGAUGCAAACAUCACAAACAUCGGUCAAACAACCACAAAGUACAAAACCCGAAGCAUUCUCAAAGUUUCUGCGAACCGCAACGAAAAUAGUACGUGGCAGUUCACGCACGCUGGAAGCUUGGAAAUUCAUGUUUUUCUAGCAAUUGCAUUAUCAAUUGAGUCGCUCCCGGCGAUCAUCGAAGCCAUGGCCUCCGUUUCCAAACUCCGACGAGUGCUUAUCACCGGCACCUUGUCGGUAGCGAUAGCAUCCGGAGCGCUCUACGGAGCAAGCUUGAAAAUGAAGCAGGAAUCUAAGCAGGAAGCGCGGAAACGGCAGAAUUUGACGCCGCAGGAGAAGAUUGACGCGCUGUUGGUUGUUCGAGAGGGGUUGAUGCGGAAGAAGGAGACGUUGGAGGAGCAGAUUCGGGAGAUUGAAGAGAGAGAAAGGAGGAAAGACAGAGCUGGGGCUGGCGGUGGUGAAAGCCGCGGCGUGGAACCCACGAGCGAUGAAUGUACGCGCGAACUGCGGGGUGGGGAUAGCGGAUCAAACGGUGACAAGAGAGGCAAGGAAGAUUUCACCAGGCUUGUCAACUUUGACCGGUCACCAGCAAUACCUGAUAACUGGAAGGAGAUCAAUGAAAGAUUGGUUCGAACCCGUCCCUCCCUUUCGCCAUCAAAGUUCUCUGAUGGGGAGUUCCGGAAAUUCAAACGAGCGGAUACACACGCAUCUAAAGAGAAGCCAGUGACAACCACAGUGAUUCCAAUUAUCGAAGGCGAUAUCGGCGAUCCUAAAUGUACCGGAGGAGGGUAUGUGUUCGGCAAUCUUGCCCCCUUAACUGAUGGCACGCUGGCUCAAGCCAAACCGGAUCACUUUUAUGGUGCGCGUCCUGAACAGCUUGAUCGUCAAAUCCGCAAAGAACUUAGUGAUCAGAUUAUUCCAUCAAUCCAGAAUGACCUUCCCAUGGCACCAAACUUCUUUCUGGAGGCAAAAGGCCCUGACGGAUCCCUUGCGGUGGCUACACGGCAAGCUUGCUAUGAUGGCGCACUAGGAGCCCGAGGCAUGCAUUCGCUUCAGUCAUACCGACAGGAUAAAUCAAUGAAUCGACCUACGACAACAAUGCUUACGUUAUUACGUCAACCUAUCACGGUGAAGGAAAUGAGGGACAACUUUAUUGCAAUGGCGAAUGAACACCUCUCUGAUGCUCAAUUUGAACACCAAACAGCUUCAAUUGUUGCUGUUGUUUCACAGGUCUCUGAUGCAUCGACUGUGUCCAACAAAACUGAGUAUCAGGAUGCGCAGUGGAGUUUCACGGCUCCUAUUGAAGGCAGGGAGGAAGAGUUUCAAACCCCGGGCAGAGAUCCCAAAAAGCAGAAGGUCAGUUCCAUUGUCUCUGGCGAUUCAGUUAGCAAUAAUCCCACUGGAUGCCCGAACUAA